AUGGCUGAGCAAGGCGCCGCAGAUCCUGUUAACAACAACAAUAAUAAUAAACCCGAAGCCUCGGAGGGGACGAUAAUUAAGGUCACGGUGAAAACACCCAAGGACAAGGAAGAGAUCGCGAUCGCAGAGGACGCCUCUGUCACUCAGUUUAAAGAGGAGAUCUCGAAGCGGUUCAAAGCCAAGCAGGACCAGUUGGUUUUGAUUUUUGCCGGCAAGAUCUUGAAGGACGGUGACAGUCUCAGCCAGCAUGGCAUCAAAGACGGCCUGACAGUUCACCUUGUCAUCAAAACAGCACACAAGGCAACAGAUGGCGGUAGCACCUCAGCCUCUAGUUCAGCCUCCACUCAGGUAGGUAGCAGCUCGACCUCUAGUCCAGCCGCCAACCCCGCCUCCACAACAGGCCCCGCCGGGUCCGGCCCCGCCCCCACACAGACGCCCAACCUAAUGAGCGGCUUCGGGGACCUGGCCAACCUCGCCGGUCUGGGCAUGGGCUCGGCGAACUUCAUGGAGCUGCAGCAGCAGAUGCAGAGGCAGCUCAUGUCCAACCCGGAGAUGCUCUCCCAGAUCAUGGAGAACCCGCUGGUGCAGAACAUGAUGUCCAACCCCGACCUGAUGCGGCAGAUGAUCGUAGCCAACCCACAGAUGCAGCAGCUGAUGGAGCGCAACCCCGAGAUCUCCCACAUGCUCAAUAACCCUGAGCUCAUGCGACAGACCAUGGAGCUCGCCAGGAACCCAGCCAUGAUGCAGGAAAUGAUGCGAAACCAGGACCGCGCUCUGAGCAACCUGGAGAGCAUUCCCGGAGGUUACAAUGCCUUGAGGAGGAUGUACACAGACAUCCAGGAGCCCAUGUUCAGCGCAGCAAGAGAGCAGUUUGGAAACAACCCCUUCUCAGCCCUCGGUGGAGCCUCCGACUCUGGUGUCCAGCCGUCGCGAACGGAGAACCGAGAGCCGCUGCCCAAUCCGUGGGGGCCUCCGAAUUCUUCGAACCCCUCCGAGAGCGGAGGGGCGACCACGGGGAGCACUAGUACUUCGGGGACCACCAACCCGAGCGUGUCCAACCCUCUCGGCAUCAAUCCUGGGAGUCUGGGAAACGGCAUGUUCAACAGCCCGGGAAUGCAGAGUCUACUCCAGCAGAUCUCAGAAAACCCGCAGCUGAUGCAGAACAUGCUGUCUGCUCCGUACAUGCGCAGCAUGAUGCAGUCACUGGCUCAGAAUCCAGAGUUAGCCUCACAGGUAAUGGUGAAUAAUCCAUUAUUUGCUGGAAACCCACAGCUGCAGGAACAGUUCAGAGCUCAGCUGCCCGUUUUUCUGCAGCAGAUGCAGAACCCAGAGGCCCUGUCGGUUAUGACCAAUCCCCGGGCCAUGCAAGCUCUAAUGCAAAUCCAGCAGGGCCUUCAGACGCUGCAGACAGAAGCCCCAGGCCUUAUGCCCAGUUUGAUGACAGGAGGAAUUCCAGGCGUGCCCACAGGAGGCGCCGCUCCCGCAGAGAACCCGGCCUCCUCACCCAGCAGUGCUACAACAAGCCCUGCUCAGCAGCAGCUGAUGCAACAGAUGCUCCAGAUGUUUGCUGGAGGCGGCGGCGGCGGCAGCGGCGGAGCAGGAAGCGCGACGACCCAGACCCCAGAGGUGCGGUUCCAGACCCAGCUAGAACAGCUGAGCGCCAUGGGCUUCAUCAACCGCGAGGCCAACCUGCAGGCCCUCAUUGCUACCGGAGGAGACAUCAACGCCGCUAUUGAGAGACUGCUGGGCUCACAGCCCUCGUAA